AUGGUGUUCGACGUCGUGAUCAUAUGCGCGGCGACGGCGACGCAGGAGGAGCUAUGGCAGACGCGCCUCUCCUCCUCCUCCUCCUCUGCCUUCCUUCCUCCCUCCUCCCUCUUUCCUCCUCCUUCCUCUGCCCCUGCCCCUAGCUCUUCCUCGCUCUUUGUCGCUGUGCACGAGGAUUGGGCAAGCUCGGGAGCAGGCAACGGCUUGGGAUCGCUGUAUGCGUACAGCAAGGCACGCGACAAGGCGAAGACUCUCUUUGGUGUUGAUCUUGACGACAAGCUUAAGUCAGGCUGGGCUGCAGCCAUCUUCCACACAGCUGGGAAGGGCACCAGGCUGGCCCCUCUGCCAGGUAGCGAGAACAACAACAAGCCAGGAGUGAAGCUUCCUUCGCUGCUCCCAGGAGAGGAUGGCUUCAAGGAGCUCACCAUCCUCGAGGCUGUCAUCCGUCAGACCAACGCUUACGCUCCUGUCAGGAAGGGAAGGUGUUCUGUCUUCUGGGGAGACCAGGUCUUCGUACCCUCGGCCGGCAUCCUCCCAAGCGGAUCUCACCAUGCCGACAUCCUGGCGUCGCUGGGCCCCAUGCCCUCAGAGGAGGAAUGGACUCAGAAGGGUCUGGACAAGUAUGGACUGAUCGCAGUCAACGCCAACGACGAUGCUGCGCAGGUCGAGAAAGUCUCGUACAAGACCGCCAACGAGCUCCUCGCCAAGUUCGGAGAGAUCAAGCAGGUGGGUCCCAGCCUUGGCUCCUUCAGCGUGAGCGCGAGCUUGCUGUUCGAGCUGAUGAAGGAGUUUGAGCAAGAGCUCAAGGGAAAGCAAGCGAAGUUCGACUCGGACCCUCACUUCUGGAUGCCCCUGACGCUGGAGGAAGAUACUUACGUCUCCGUUAUGAUGGAGAAGGGCGAGACUGACGCGACAGCACGGGGCCACUACAAGAGGAUGAAGAGCUUCAAGGAGCGUUUCAUGCAGCAAAACAACUGCUCGGCCAUCCUUGGAUGCAUCAACGUGGGCAAUAACUGCUACUGGUGGGACUAUGGGCAGCUGAAACUGUUCCAGAAGAAUAGUCUGCUCGUGACCAAGGACUCUGAGGAGGCCAAGGCCUUGCGGGAGUUUCUUCAGAUCCACAAUCGCCUCCAGGAGAGCUCGGGAGCAGAGAGCUACGCUGACGCCUCCUCCGUCAUCCUCGCAUCGGACAUCAAGAGCGGGAAGAUCGAGUCGAGUGUGUGCUCGCGGGUGACCGCAGUCGACGUCAAGGUCAGCGACUCAAUCCUGGUCAACGUCGUCGCCAAGAAGAUCGUUGGCAAGAACUGCAUCCUUUACAAUGUCGUGGACGACUCGGAGGAAGGCAUCGUCAUGGAGGAUGGCGAAGUGCGGGCCGACGUGUUCAUCCCCGGCAAGGAAAAGAUCGUCCUAAGGAGCAGGCUAGACGUCGAUGGCGGGAAGGCCUGGAAGGUGAAGCUCGACCAGAACACGAUGAGCUUCGAGUCUGUGUACGAGGCAAACUGCGACGUCGAUGUAGUAGAGGCCCAGCGGGAGAUGGCGCAGGCAAGAGCAAAGGUGGUUUUCUGA